CCCCGCCCCGCCGCGGCCCCGCCCCCGCCGCCGCCGCCCGGGCGCAGCCGGCACCGGGAGCGGAGCGGCGGCGGCUCGGCCGGGGCAGGGCGGCUCCGCCAUGGUGGGGCGGCUCAGCCUGCGGGAGGUGCCCGACCUCCCGGACAUGAGGAAGCGGGGCGACGCGGGGCUCGACAGCCCCGACUCCGGGCUGCCCCCCAGCCCCGGGCCCGCCCCCCCGCCCUGGCUCCUCUCCUCGGGCAGCCCAGACCGCGCCGCCGCCAACGGGCUGCCGGAGCCCGACCCGCCCGCCGCCGCGAAUUCUGUGUUCUCUCCCAGCCCUGUUCUCCCCAGCUGCCCACCAAGAUUGUGUCCUUUAUCCUUUGGCGAAGGAGUUGAGUUUGACCCUUUACCACCAAAGGAAAUAAGGUACACGUCCUCGGUUAAAUACGACUCAGAGAAGCACUUCAUCGAUGACGUCUAUAUGCCAGUGGGCUUAAGCAUUUCCUCCUGCAGUCAGACGGUCAUCUGUGUCCCAAACUGCACGUGGCGCAGUUACAAAGCGGAGGUCCACUUCGAGCCCCGCAACAAGCCCCAGCGUUUCACCAGCACCACCAUCGUCUACCCAAAGCACGCCAAGACUGUGUACACCACCACGCUGGAUUACAACUGUCGUAAGACCGUGCGGCGGUUCCUCUCCAGCAUAGAGCUGGAAACUUCGGAGUGCCUUGGGAAUGACUGUGUCCUGGACGGUUGCUGACUGACGGCUGUCUCUCUUGCUCUUAUCCAUCCCGGUCCCAUCUAACGUACUGUGCUAACUCCACUAGCUAAAGCGGGUACAGACCCUCUUUCUCAGCUCUUAAUUCCUGCUUUAAGCACCAGAAUGGCCUGACCGCAGUUUUCUGUGGGAACAUAACUUAGUAGGAAACUUGUUUCUUUGCCUUCAAAGUUGUGAGUUCCCUCCCCUUCCCUGCAGUGCAGCAAUCAGAUGAAAAUAAGGGGAAGUAUUUUCCCAGAGAAAAAAAUUGACAGGUGAGAAAGAAUGUGGAACAGUGCCUGGCAGGUGGAAACCUAUUUGAUGCUUUGUGGUGAUGUGCAAAAAUACGGGCGAUUUGCUCUCUUGCAGAGAAUCUACCAGGCCAUUUGGUUACAGAGAGCCAGAGCUGUCAUUCAUCUCAGUUUAGAUCACAAGACUGUUUUCUCUAGAAGAUUAAACUCCUGGAAAUUGCUGGAAAAAACUAACACAGAAAAAUCUGGAAUUCUGCAUUUAUCAUAUACAAAAACGUUAUCCUUCAGCAUUCAUGUCCAGUUUGAAGGUGUGAGUUGUAAAGAAGAGGAAUUCUGAGUAGAGCAGGAGAUAAACUGCUUUUGCAGCUCCAGGCAGCAGAGAAAGGAUCUGGUAAUUCAAGUUCUUUAGGUGAAUGGCACAAUGUAUCUUAGGACUCCUACAGCACUGUGGUCUGUGUUACACGCUAGCGUUUGCGUGCUACGUGUAGUAGGACUUGUAGUGAAGAAUAUCAGGCCAAAAAUUAUCCCUGUGGUGUUGGAAAGUCAGGUCGUGACACUAUGGUAGUGGAAUAACACCGGUGCCUAGUUUUAACUGACAUCAUUCUGUCUGCACUGAGGGAGUUGUAACUAGGAAGGUUUCAGAAAAUGCGCCGUAUAUAUACAGGGUCCUGGAGUGGAGAAGGAGAUGCCAGGAUCGGGUGUGAGAUGCCGUCGUGGAAGGGGUUGUGAAGAGGCAGGUGGUAGCAAAGGACAGGCAAAUUCUUAUUGCGUAAUAAAAUCCACAGCUGUAGCUCUGCUUCCACGUUGAGCUUCUCAUUGCAAAGGUCUGUCUCUUCUCUGAACUUCAAUAUUCUGGAUGUUGCUGGGAUGGGGUAGCAUUUACCUGUCUGUAGGCUGCUGAAUAACUGUUCCAGUCCCAAGUGCAUGGUGAGUUUGGGGACCAAAGGGAAUAACUUCAGAUACUAUGAAAGGCCAUCUGGAUGUUACAUGCAUUAGUUUAUCAUGUGCUUUGAAAAUAAGAUGGAGAGGUUUGUUUCUUUACCCAGAUUCUUUUUUUCCUGUAUUGACAGAGAGCAGUGUGGGGUGGAGAGCAUCUGCUCUGGGGAGCGUGGCUUAUGUUGGUGGCUAGUGUAGCACUCAGAAACACCUGGUAGAUUUGACUUAGCCGGACACAGCUUUUCCACAUAUUCCGAAACUCCUCUGAGGUGCGGGUCGCCUUCUGGUGGAACAUCAGCCCUGGACCUGCUUUUAGAGAGGACGUCCUAGCGCAGAGCCUCAAGGGUGAAUUUUGUCAGUGGCGAGUUAGAAACUCGGGAGCCUGUUCUUGAGCUGUACUUAACGCGUGUUUGUGCAAGUGUGAUGACGAGUGGUGUGGAAGUGUACUCCAGCGUGAACUUAAAUGAUUUGGGGGAGUAAAAAUGCAGCAGGAAGGAAAGUUUGAGUUUGUGUGGUUUGGGUUUUUGCUGUUUUGUUUUGGUUUUUGUCUUAUUUAUUAGCUCAGAACAGAACGUCCUUAAUCUUUGGUACUUGCCUCAGAAAACCAGAUCCUAAACCCAGGGUGACAGAGGGUGCCCGCGUCAGGCAGGCAUUGCUCCAGAGUUAAGAGCAGCACAGUCUUCUCAAUGAACCUGUUGGUUUCAGACUACAGUGUGUAGAUCUGUCUUAAAUACACAUCACGGUUGUCCCCUAAGCGUUGCCCCGAGAUAUACUUGUCGUGUAACAGAAGGCACAGCUCGGCCCCGAAGCGUGUGGGGUUUCACACGGGCAGAACUAAUCUUUGGGAAGCUGUUGCAUCAUGGCGCGCUUCGCAGUUUUGUCUACCUUGCUCCUGGACACCUGGUGCUGGCCACUGUUGGACGCAGGAUGCUGCAAGAGCACGGACCCCGGAUUGCUCUGACAACCUCUCCCAAUGAAUUCGUUUGCCGGAGAUCUGAGAGAAGAUUAUUUUAAGUUGUACUCAUUAAUUGUCCCUAGUUAAAUUAGAAAUUAGAUGACCCUUACUACAGUUUUGGGAUAAAGCACCUGAUUUUUAUAAAGCAAACAAACUUGAUUAUGUACCUCUUAAAUAUUUUAAUUGGUAGAGAUACCUUUUAAAUUAUUUAUGUUCCAACAUUUGCAAAGCUCUGAUUAGCUCUGUGCAAGUGUUCUGAUGUCUGUGACGUUUCCCACCCCCUCCUAAUUUCCAAUUUUUCUUUUACUUUAUUGGUAAUAAAUGAUCUGAAAACCAUCGUA